AUGUUUGAAAACUGUUUGUCUCUGAUAAAAUCUUUGUGGCAAAGACCAUAUCCUCCGAAAGAAGAGAAAAUAGUUAAGAACAGAAAGUGGUGUCAGAUGGUGAAUGAUGCGCCACUUGUCCUAUCAAGGGUUGCCCACCUGUAAAUGCCACUUGUGUGUGGUACAUAAAUAGUAGUAAUUUAAAGAUGGAAUCUAUCCUAAAGUCCGAGUUUUUCAAUAUCCUAACAUGGGGAUGCAAGGAUUUGCUUGAAGAAGUGGAGUAAUGAUGUUUUUCAAUCAGGAUCAUCUGAUCUCAUAUGAUGAUCGAAACCCAAUCUCUGCAACUGUGGCCACUUAGCAUUAAUGAUGAUAAAAAGGAAACAAGCAAGGAAGACGCAGCAGAAACAGAGGAGUUGGAUUCUGUCCAGAAAAAAGCCCCCCCCCCCCCUCUCUCUCUCUCUGCUUCUAUAGCUAUCUCAAGAAACUAAAAGGCCUUUUCCUUUACUUUUGAACGGAGCAGUCACGAGACCCCCCUGAAAUAUUUGCUUUGAAUUCAUCAAUCUUUCCACUGCCAAACGACCUAAUCUCUUGACCCUGCCGUGAAAACCUCUCUUCUCUCUCUCUUUUUUUCCUUUUUUGCAACAAUAACACCCCUGCAUUUUCAUGAAUUUUAUCUUUUCUUUACUUUCCAAUUCUUCAUGUCAUGAAACUCCAUUGCCUUUGCUUGUUUGUUUUUCGGUAGUUAUAUUCUCUAUUUUCAUCAUGGAAAGUCGUCAUUUGACUGGUUUUUUCAUGUACUAAAAAACCUGAUGAAUGGGUGCAUGACUGUUUCUUGUACUGUUUUUGAUCAAUUCAUGAAAACCCAUUUUUCUUUUUCAAUUUUCUACAGAACCCAUGUUUUUGAAUCAGUUCAUGCACUUUCUAAAAUCAAUUCACACUUUCAGGAGGAAAGCUCCUUUUGAUUGUUUGUUUUGACACACUUUUUUUUUUGCGUCUUUCAAAAAAAAAAAAAAAAAAACACCCUAUCUUUGGCGCUAAUAUCAAACACAACAAGUGAGGUUCUUCAAUGGCGAGUUCAUGUUUCCAUGCAUUUCGACUUCGAAGAUCGAAGAGCAAACCAUUAAAAAUCUCUUCCUCGUCAAAAUACCAUUCGAAUUCUGAAAUGGAGAACUUGGAGAGGAAGAGAUUUGACAGUUUGGAGUCAUGGUCAAUGAUUUUGGAAUCUGAGAAUGUAGAGACUUGGGAGGCACCAAAGGAGGACCAAGAGGAAUGGACUGCUGACCUUUCGCAGUUAUUUAUAGGCAACAAGUUUGCCUCUGGAGCUCAUAGUAGGAUUUAUCGUGGAAUUUACAAGCAGCGAGCGGUUGCUGUCAAAAUGGUGAGAAUUCCAACCCAAAAGGAGGAGACUAGAGCUUUCCUUGAACAGCAGUUCAAAUGUGAAGUUGCUCUGCUUUCGCGUCUCUUUCAUCCCAAUAUAGUGCAGUUCAUUGCAGCUUGUAAAAAGCCACCCGUGUACUGUAUCAUCACAGAGUACAUGUCACAAGGAACUCUGAGGAUGUAUCUCAACAAGAAAGAGCCAUACUCACUUUCGACAGAAACAAUUCUGAGAUUGGCUCUUGAUAUAUCACGAGGAAUGGAGUAUCUUCAUUCACAGGGAGUCAUCCACAGAGACCUGAAAUCAAAUAAUUUGCUUCUAAAUGAUGAAAUGCGGGUUAAGGUUGCUGAUUUUGGUACAUCAUGUCUAGAAACACAGUGCCAAGAAACCAAAGGGAACAAGGGAACCUACCGCUGGAUGGCACCAGAGAUGAUCAAGGAGAAACAUUGUACUCGGAAAGUUGAUGUGUAUAGUUUUGGGAUUGUGUUGUGGGAACUAACUACAGCUUUGCUUCCCUUUCAAGGAAUGACCCCUGUGCAAGCUGCAUUUGCUGUAGCAGAGAAGAACGAGCGGCCUCCACUGCCUGCUAGUUGCCAGCCUGCACUUGCACACUUGAUAAAGCGCUGCUGGGCAGCCAACCCAUCCAAGCGACCAGAUUUCAGUUACAUUGUUUCUGCUUUGGAGAAGUACGAUGAAUGUGUCAAAGAGGGCCUUCCUCUUACUUCACACUCGGGACUUGUCAACCGGAAUGUCAUUCUGGAACGCUUGAAAGGCUGUGUAUCCAUGAGCUCAUCUGUAACUGUACAUGCUUAACUCCAAUUCAAGAUAAGGCCAGAAAACCAAGUCAAAACCAGGCAGGUUAACUUAUCUCAAGGUGGGUCACACACAAAAAUGGGAGCAAAGAUCAGCUGCGAUGUAAUUAGCUGCUGAUAAAGGAGGUAAGGUAAAUGUGGAUGAGCUUCUUGUUGCUUUGUGGCCGUCGACUCUCACCGAAGUAUUGACUGGACUGAUUCCUACCCACAGAGAGAGUCAAUGUGUAACAUCGUGUCAUAGAUGGAUAGAUACUGCCUUGAGUAUCAUCGGGUCUUGUUUUACCAUUUCCAAAAUCAAUUCAAACUUUUGAUUCCAAUUAACAAACACGCUUCAAAAAUGACUGAGAGCCACUUGCUAUGACGACUUCAUGUAUAAUUUAAUUAUAAGAAAAUGUUUUGAAUACUUUCUGUUUU